CGUCUGUUGAAAAUAUUUAUAAUAGAUGUGUAGAAUUGUCAGGGUUGGAAGUGAAUAUCGAUUUUCAAAAACUACAAAGCUUUAUCGUCCUUGAUAAACUUUUAUACUUUGAUAAUAAUAAUCCGUGUUCUAAUAGGUUUGCAUCCAAUCACCGGAACAUUCAAUAAUAACAUCAAGUUUUAUGUUCUUGUGUAGAAAAGUUCAUUUUCCAGAUGCAUUUAAAACACGAAUGAAAAACAUUAUUACAGAUACCAUUUCACUUAUAUGAUCAGAGAACGUCAAUUUACUGUCAAAUAUAACCCCUAGAUCUUUGAAUGUCUGGCAUCUCUCUAGAUUGGUGUUAUCAAUGUAGUAAGUAAACAGGAUAGGAUUAAGCUUGCGAAUAAAGCUCAAAAUUUUACAUGUCGCUAUGUUUAUAUUAAGUUUGUUGACAACGCACCAUUUACUCAACCUAUUCAGGAUAACUUUACAAGUUAUAGAGGGGUCGAGGAUUCGUGGGUAGACAGACGGACCGCCGGAGAAGAGUAAUGUGGUUUUUCGUGAUGUAUCAUCCAAAAAACAUACACCACUUUCAAAAUUUUUCGCAAUUACAAUACUUCAUUACCAAUUGUAAAUCUCUUCCUAAAUGCCUUCUCGACUCAGAUUGGCGACUUAUAUAGCUACCAUCAAAAAACCGACAAUAAUACACACCUUUGAGGAUCAUGCCAUAUACCCAGCCUCAUAAACUUUCUUCACAAAACACAUAUGAGCAGAAUGUUUGCAGAUCCUGCAUCGAGGAUAUUGAUAUCAACCAGCAGAUGGCCACGUUUGGUUUCUGUGGCAGGAACAUGCUUGACAUGCGCGGGACUUCUGUUCCUUUGGAUGGGCAUGGCAGAAUACGGAGAGAGUUCGUUGUACACAUUAGCAGGUCUACUUUCUGGCGGGGGAGCUUCAAUCCUGAUAUCACAAUGUGAAAUUCUCCUGGCACAAUAUUUCAAAUCAAAACACACAAUAUUAGCCUACAUAACCCAGGCAGUUACUGCGCUAGGAUUCAUUGCAGCUCCCAUCGUCAUUGGACAUCACAUAUUGAACUCCAGCAUAUUAAAUGUGCUUUUGUGGUACCAAGCAAUUAUUUUACAAGGAUUGGUUUGCAGUUUGACUUUCAAGAAGCCCGCCUAUUUGAAAUCGAAGUAUAGAGCAAACAGAUACAACUAUGUGACGGCGAAUCCCGAUGACGAAGAAGACAUAUUUUCGAAGAACUCGAGAGAACUACAAAUUAAACGUCAAGACAACGGAUCCACAGUUACUAUUGAACGUCACGAAAUUCCAUCAACUUCUAAUGACACCACAAAUAACUCAGACUCUGUCAACAAAUCUACCAAAAAUUGGGUGACAUUUGAGGACGUAGCCAAUGAAAAUGCCAUACCAAAGCGCGAAUGGGAAACUUUCGAUGACACAGAACAAGUAAAACCAAAAGAAAAUUGGGAAAAAUUCGAGGAUGCAGAUGAAGAUACCAAUGAAGGAAAAGAUAGGAUCGGCACCUUCAAAAUAAGCAACGGUCAUACGCCAAUGCCUCUAUUUUCAGAUUCGCCUGUCAACAACAACAACACUUACUCUUAUGAGGUCCUGGAACCCCCAGAUGUGGCUCCAGAACCUGCAGUUUUUAUGCCGGUUAGCGAAACAGCUCAAAAGUUCGUCAGCUUUAAAAUGCUAAAACAACCAACGUUUUACAAAUCACUCCUAACAGUGAUUACAACCAAAUAUUCAAUUUUUAUAUUCUACACGUUGUUUCCAAGCUAUUUGUACCAAGAGCUUGAUGGUUUGAGAAUGCAUGGUGUAGCAGCACUGAUGGGUGUCUUAUCCCUCAGUACUUUGUUGUUUUCUGGUGUAUCAUUUUGGAUGAAUAUAGAGAGAAGCAGAAGACCGAUAUGUCUAUGGUUCCUGUGUUGGGUUGGCUGUUUCGGAUAUUUUAUGGUAUCCGACUCGACCAAUAAACAAGUCCUCACUUUUGGCGCAGUACAAGUUAUAUUGAGCAUUGCAACUUUGCAAUACGUUGGAAUGCCGUUAUUAGGACUUACGAUAAGAGGAGAGGCAAGUCAAGAGUACUCCUUGAUUUGCACGUUAACUGGCUGUGCAUUUUUACUGUUUCUAUUCAUGAAUCCAACAUUUCGGGUGAUGUUCCGGAUCAUGGCAGUUCUGCACUUCUUAGUUGGAAGCCUGUGGUUUUCAAAUUUUAUUUAUAAGAGGAUUAUUAAGUAAUAUUAAUUGAGUUAUCUAGAUUUUGUAAAUAAGUACUGAGAAUAAAUAAUCUUUUUUAAAUACA